AGUUGAAAAUUCGAUUAUUUUUUCAAAUUUUACGUAUGCAAAUUUAACGUGUUACAAUGUAAAUCUUUACAGGGUUCUAUAAACUUAGUAUACUGUGAGGGAGAGAAGAAUAUUUUCAAUUGUUUCCGAAUUUUCAUAAUAAUCUGGCUAUUUUAGGUUUCUGCUUGAUCUAAUAUCCAUGGUGCUUACAAGAUGUCAUUGCUAUAAUUUGACUGCACUGCCAGCAGCUAUAUGGACUGGAAUGGCUGUUAUGGUGGCGGGCGUUUCGUCCAGCGUCCUGAGGGCCCAGGGCCUUAGCGACUGUGGUGCUGGUGGGUCUCCCAUUAGAUUUGGAGGAGUACUGCUCACUCAAACGGUUCCCGUUGUUGGCAGGAUGUUCAUGGAUUUAACUACCACUACUCAACUGAAUGCCACAGUUGAAGACAAUUUGCAAAUCCGCAAAGUUACUACCCGAGUUGCCGACAACUAUCAAGUUCCAUGCCUGAACGGCAUUUCUGGCACCUGCACUGUUGAGUUCUGCUCGGCCCUUACCACUUACCCAGAUUCCGUCUGCACCCUCUUCCCUGCUGACGUGCCCUGCUCGUGCCCCUUCCUUGCCGACGUCUACGUCAAUCCUUCCGCUUACGUCACUUUCACUUCCGAAUGGCUCGCCAUCGAAGGAGGCGUUAACGGUGACUACAUUACUCGCACUGAAAUCGUUUCCAACAUUGGCACUCCCGAGGAAACCAUCUUGGGUUGUCUCCUUUUGGAGUACGCCUUGGCGGCUGUCUAAGCGCAAUCAGGGCCCAUAGUCCCACAUAUUAACUUUUUGUGAAAUGUUACUAAAUUUCAUGUGAAUAAAGUUUAAAGCUGAAAAUAAAUGAGUACAGCUCAA